GGCUUGCUUCGGGGGGGAAAAAAACAGAAGCCGAUGUUGGGAGCGAGCAAAUACCAGCUGCAAGAUUUGCACUCGAGGAGGUAAUAAUACAGGACUGCCUCUCUCGUAAAAAGCCCCGCGCCGCCCCCCCCCGGGGGGAGUUUCCAAGUCGACUGAAAAAGGCGGCAGGCAGGGCUGGCUGGGCGGCGGACAGAGAGAGAGAGCGAGUGAGGGCGCUGUGUGAGUGCCGGGCACCUCCCGAGGAGCUGCAACGCUUCCUGGGCUGAGCCGGCGUUCCCCUUCCCCACGUGCGGUGCCUCGUUCCCCCGGACACGUCUGAAUCGCUUCGCGGGAAGCCGGGCUUGGGUCCCGGGGGCGCCGCUUGGAUGGCCGCCGCCGCCGCCCUGUUCCUGGAGAUCAGGCAGAGGAGUCAGAGCGGGCUGCUGAUUAUCCGAGAAUUAAAGCCAGAAAGGUGGCCGGUGGAUAUUACAGUGAUGCCAUCUUCGAUCGAAUUAAAAAUGGAUGAAGACUGCAAGGUAUUCAACCUUCCACGAGAGGUCAGGGUUGUUCCUCCUUCCUGCCGAGGACUGCAGUACGUGCCUGGUGACGGCUUACAUAUGAGACUACUGGUUCAAGCAGGUUUAAAUACAAAAGUGUUGCCAGCUGUUGGUGAGAGCCUCAAACCCAAAAAGAGUUGCACUUUUUACUGUCAGUCCUGCGGACAGAGUAUCAUAAGCAAUCAGACAUUCCUGAGAGUUCUUUCCCUUCCAAGUGAGGACUGGAAUGAUCUGGUGGAUGAGUGGUGCUGUCAUCCCAGCCCCUUCAAUGAUAGCAUACUUCACCCACAAAAUGGCGACUGUUUUCUGGGACCGAACUACCUCUUGGUUGAUUCAGGAAGCAUAUCAGCUGGCUCAGGAUUGGAAAUCCUUGAUACAGAUUCUCAGGAUGCUGCUUCUAACAGUAGCAGUUCUAUCUCGAAUUCAAAGGGAAAUAGCCGAGUAAUCUGUAAGCGCUGCAAGACAUUGUUGGGAGAGGUUAUGCCAUCAGGUGUCACAAAAUACUAUUUCACAGAAUUGCUCAUUCAGCCCUCUGAAGACAGUUUCCCCUUGAUACCAAGGUCUGCAUAUAUACAAAGUGCUCUAGCCCAUUCCCUUAUAGAUCUCUCUUCCACCAGAAGCACAUUUAGAUUCAGCAUACGAGGGACUGAUGGUGCCAGCUACAUCUUGAUAUGGCUACUAAAUUCUGACACAUUUUUGGUGGAAUCUGCAGGAAACAUGGCACCCAUUAAAGUUUUUACAUUGCUUGAAUUUGGCAUGUCAUCUGACUCAAGACCUUCAGAGAUUUGGAAAGCUGUUAAAGUUCUUUACCAUCCCUGUGUUAAAAGCAGAAAUAAGGAACUCAUUGACGCAUGGGGAAAUGAUGCUGGAGUGCGCACACUAAUUUUUCCACCACGUACCUGUCUGGAACUGCUGCUGAUGCUAUCCCAGAGUAAUGUUUCACUACCACCUUCUCUUCGCUGGAUGAAUUCUUUUCAGAUACCUUGUACUGGUUUUUUCUUGAUGUUGGUGGCUAUGGUGGUGUAUACCAAAUUCCUGAUCACAUGCCAGUCAAAUACAGAGGCAUAUUUUAUCUUCCAGCUACAGUUCAACUGUGCAAGCCCUUUUAUCACAGGUUGCCUUUUUGAAGAUGUGAAGGAAAAUUCCAUUAAGUUAGCCUUUUACUACAAAGAAGUACAGGAGAGAAGACCUUACAUGAGCAGGUGGCUUUUAAAGAAGUGAUGCUGAACUUCCUCAGUGAAAAAAAGAAAAUUAUAUAUUGAACUUGUUGUCUGUUGACUUUGGAACUUCGAGACCAUCAAGGAAUGUGACAGAAGCAACUUGUUCAAGCAAAGAAACCAAUAACUGUGUGACAGAAGUUGAGAGGAGAAUGUAAUUUAGGAUGUUGGGAAUCUGGGGAGGUCACUGUAAAUAACACCCUACUAAUUCCUCAAAGUAAGUGAAUUAUCUGUUGCAGCUAUUUCAGCUUUGAAAAAAGGCUAUGUUUCUUUCUUUGGAAAAUAAAGAAAAAAAUUCAUUGGACUGAGCCUUGGAUACUGCACUGUCUACAUGGGAACAUGGAGAUUUUUGUAGAACUUCAU